GGAAGAUCACACCAUCCCUCACCAUCAUCAGGAUGAAGAACUAAAAGACAUCAAGGUUGAGGAUAAAGAGGAGGAAGAAGAGAGGUUGGUGAGUGGAGAUCAGCAGUCUAUGGAGGAGGGGGAGAUGAUUAUGGAAAAUAAACAGGAGGAAUCUUCUCUACAUAUGGACACAAAUUAUGCACAAGAUAAUGGAACAGCACAAAAUUCACAACAAACACAUUCCUUUGGUCAAAACUUACAUCACAGACCAUACUGUUUGGCAAGAUCGAUGGAUCCUUUGAAUCCUGAAGAAUCCUCUGUUCGUUCACAAAAUAUCACUUCAGAUAUUAACCUAAAAUCUUGCAUUGUGGAUAGAUCAACUGAUCCCUCUAAUCCCAAGAAGUCUUCUUUAAACCAUGAAGAAGAUUCAUUUGAGACUGGGAACAAAGUACCUUUUAGACACCAGAGAACUCACAUUCCUGAACACUCGUCUUCCUUUUCGGAGUUCGAGAAAUGUUUCACUAAUGAAGGACAACUUCUUACACACCAGAGAAGCAACACAUGUGAGCAUCCUUUUUCCUGUUCAGAGUGUGGGAAAUGUUUCACUCAGAAAGGAUGCCUUCUUAUACACCAGAGAAUUCACACAGGCGAGCGUCCUUUUUGCUGUUCAGAGUGCGGGAAAUGUUUCAUUGAGAAAGGAAAACUUUUAACACACCAGAGAACUCACACGGGUGAACGUCCAUUUUCCUGUUCAGAGUGCAGAAAAAGCUUUGCUCAGAAAGGAACCCUUAUUAGACACCAGAGAAUGCACACAGGUGAGUGCCCUUUUUCCUGUUCAGAGUGUGGGAAAUGUUUCCCCGAGAAAGGGAAACUUCUCAGACAUCAGAGAGUUCACACUGGAGCAAGUUCUUUUUCCUGUUCAGAGUGCGGGAAAUGUUUCACAAAGAAAGGUAAAUUUCUUAGACACAAGGAAACUCACAGAGGUGAGCAUUCUUUUUGCUGUUUAGAGUGCGGAAAAUGUUUCACUGAGAAAGCAAACCUUCUUGUACACUAUCAAAGUCACAAAGGCAAGCGCCCGCACUCAUGUUUGGAGUGCGGAAAAAUUUUCAACCGCAGAGGGAACCUUCUUAGGCACCAGAUAAUUCACAGCCGUGAGAGUCCUUUUGCGUGUUCUGAGUGCGGGAAAUGUUUUGUUGUGAGAGAAAAACUACUUAAACAUCAGAGAAUUCACCAUAGUGAGCAUCCUUUUUCCUCCUAAAGCCUUGUAUACACAAUUGAAAUUUCAGAUGGGAAAAGUGUGAUGGCCGAACGUUUGUAUGCUCCAUCGGACAAUUGUUGGAAUUUCCGACAACAAAUGUGGGAUAGCAUGCUUUAAGAUUUUCCGGCAAAAAAUGUGUGAUGUUGGAUUAUCCGAUCGUGUGUACAGAAGUUCGUCGGAAAAAAAUCCAAAGUACAAACACGCAUGCUCAGAAGCAAUGCUAACCAUAACACAACAUUACCAGAAGUUACCCAAAGAGUGGCGCUAAGAGCUGA